GCUCUUUCCUCAGCCUCACUCCCCAGUUCUUGGAAAUGCCUUUCCAGCAGAAUCUCUCUCUCUCUCUCUCUCUCUCUCUCUCUAAGUUGGUAUGCAUCUUCAAUCCCUCAGUCCCUGCAACUAAUCAUCGCCACAGUCGGGUUUUGUCACAAUAUUCAUAACCCUCGAGUUAUCAAUGGCCUCUUCCCGCCAAUUUCGGCCAACUGAGUAGCGGUCUCGAUCUUUUAACUCCAAGGAGCUUCAGGUCCUUUCAAUCUAAUUCCAUGAGCGUCACAGAUAAUCGUGAAGAAGGUGAGAUGUCCAGAGUUGUUAUCGCUAAAGAAGCCGACAUCGUUACUCUCGGUAACCUCUGUCUCGAUAUUGUGCUCAAGGACCCCAGCUUGCCCCCGCCGUCGCUUGAGGAAAGAAUGGCUUACAUGAAAGAAUUAUCCGCUUCUCAGCCUGACAAAAAUUAUUGGGAAGCUGGUGGUAACUGCAAUGUGGCUAUUGCUGCAGCAAGGCUGGGCCUUCAUUGUCUCACACUAGGUCUUGUUGGUAAUGAAAUCUAUGGUCACUUCCUCCUAGAUGUGCUCCAUGAUGAGGGAAUCUGUACGGUUGGAAUAAAUGAAGAUGCUGAUGCUGUUACCAGCCCAAGUGCUUCUUAUGAAACACGUUUAUGCUGGGUUUUGGUGGACCCCUUGCAGAGGCAUGGAUUUUGCAGUCGAGCUGAGUUUUUUAAGGAGCCUGCAUUCGUUUGGUUGAGCAAACUCUCUGAAGAAAUGAAGAUGGCAAUUAAAAAUUCAAAGAUUCUAUUCUGUGAUGGGUAUGGAUUUGAUGGGUUCUCCCCUGGUUUAAUUGUCUCAGCUCUUGAUUACGCCAUGGAAGUAGGGACUUCAAUUUUUUUGAUCCUGGACCUCGGGGGAAGACUCUUUAUAAUGGAACAUCUGAACAGCAGAGAGCAUUUGACUGGAUACUGAUGAUGACUGAUCUUCUUCUUCUAACUUCUGACGAGGUGAAGGUUAUUGAUACUGUUGGAUGUGGAGAUAGUUUUGUAGCUGCUAUUGUCUUUGGGUUUCUAAAUGAUAUGCCCACAGUUUGUACCUUAGCACUUGCAAAUGCUGUGGGUGCUGCAACUGCCAUGGGUUGUGGGGCUGGUAGGAAUGUUGCAACCUUGGAGAAUGUCAUAGAACUCUUGAGGGUUUAAAAUCUCAAUGACGAGGACUUGUAUAAUGAGUUACUUCAAAAUUUGGAUGUAGCAGAAGUAGUGGUACUUUCAAAAACAAUCAUAAAUGAAUGCAAUAAUCAACUGAAACAUGUGUCCCUGCAAAAGGUGGUCAAUGGGCUACUGUCAAAACUUAAGGCUGUGCUGGACAGGAAGAGGGUGACAUCCUGAUGAAGGAUUGGACAGAGAAAGCAUUCUACAACAACAUUGAAUCGGUAGUGACUAAAAUCUUUUUAAUGAGCUUGAUUGGUUUUAUCAUAGUCAGGAGGUUCUAUGAUUUAAGACUUUCAGACGUAAGCCAAAGUGGAUCAUGUGGUUGUACUCAAGAUGAGAUGGUCAAGGGAGACUUCGGGAUGCCAAAGGGAGAAGAUUGCUUGAUUUGAGACCUGAAUUCCAUGUUUUUGUUUUUGUUUUUGUUUUUUGUUUUUGUUUUUUGUUUUUGUUUUUGUUUUUUUUUUUUUUUUUUUUUUUUUUUUUUUUUUUUUUUUUUUUUUUGAACUGGUAUGAUCCAUUGCAAAUUGUUGUAGCAGCAGGUGUUAUUUCUCUGCUAGAAGAAGCUCUGAAUUUCUGGUUUGAUGUGAGCUCUUCUCCUUCAUUGUGCCAUUGUAGAACACAGGCUUUGCUUGAAUGCAGAUUAAAAUCAAAAUAUGAAAAUCCCUUGUUUUUGAUA